CCCCCUUCGGCUCGUCACUCAGUCGGAGAGAAAUAGCUAACAAGCUAGCCAGCAACACUACAAUAAGGUGGCCGGUGAAAGGUCCCGUGAGAGGUAUCUAGAAAACAUUGGAUUAAAAACAAAGUAUCGAGGAAUGGAUUAAUCACUUGGUGUCAAAAUCGAAUGGGAGAUAUUCUACCGAGAGAAACUGUUCAUCGGCCUGGGAUUGUUUCAUUUCGUGAAGAUAAGAAUUUUCAAAUAAUGCGACUCAAUGCCUGGCAGUGAUGGAGGUGAUCUGUCGGCGUACUGGUGAACGUAUUGUAUUAUCUGACUGUAUCAUUGUCAUGAGAAUAUAUUGAAAUAUUUAUAUAUAGAUAUAUAAAUAAUACAUGAAAAGAAAUGUCGAACUGCGUUUAAGAGCACCCAUAACAUCAAGCACCGGGAUAGCUGUAUAACGAGCCAGCUAACGUUAGCUAGCAUUACAGGCUCACAGACGCCUCGCUUAGCAUAAGCCUGCUAGCAAGCUAUUUCAGAGGGGAAACAUUGAAUUAAAAUUUAUGGCAUUUUGGGGCUGUUAUUAGUUGUUGCGCGAAGUUUUUCUGUCGAGCCUAUAAUUGCCAGUGCGAUUAUAACGUUAGUUUCUAUCAGAAUUUGCGACCCUGUCACUAACUGCCCGUGGAAUUUUACAAAAUGCAUCAUUCGGAAUCUGCAGGAGACUCCGCAAGCAUUAGGAAGAUGGCGCACCCGGCAAUAUUUCCAAGACGGGGUAGUAACACCGGUAGCAGUAGUGCCUCUGCGUUGACAACAGCGGCUAGUGCGAGCGUUAGCAAUAAUAUCAUUCCGACUGACGAUUACCAGUCGCCUUUGGUGAUACAGCCUCCACCCCCGGCUGGUUCGUCGUCCCCUGGGCCACAGCAUCACCCGCAAAGCCUUAACCUCCUCUCCCAAUCCCAGCUGCACUCCCAAACUCUCCAGGCCGGGGCACAGGUGAAAAAGAAAAGCGGUUUUCAGAUCACGAGCGUUACGCCGGCCCAGAUUUCCGUCAGCACCAACAACAGCAUUACGGAAGACACCGAGAGCUGCGACGACUUGGACGAGUCCCACACCGAGGAUCUGUCUUCCUCUGAGAUCCUGGACGUGUCCCUGUCUCGCGCUACUGACAUGGGGGGGCCAGGGAGAAGCUCCUCUGAAGAAACUCUGAACAACUUUCAUGAGGCUGAGUCGCCAGGUGUCCUGUCUCCCAACCAGCCCCCUCACCCACUCUCACAUGGGUCUCAGCACGGGCCCAUGGUGAACGGAACUGCGCAUCAUCUCCCCCACCAGCAACAUAGCCAUAGCCACCACCCCAACCUUGGACAUCACCGCCAAGUGCCCCCUUCCCAGCCAACCUCUGGCUUGCCAGUAGGGGGUGGUGUUUCCGUUGCUGGCGCCUCCUCCUCAGGGGCUUUGUCCGGCAUUGCUCAGAAGUUGCCUGCAAGUUUGGUGGCCGCUGCGGAGAACACGCACGUCAGUAAACCUGCCACGUUGCCUCAGCCUGUUCCUGCAUCGUCCUCAGGUACAGGAGCACCCUCUAUGCCUGCGGUAUCAGCAUUUAACAUGGUCAAUCCCUCCAUUAGCAACGUUAGUGAUGUGAAUAUGUUGAGGUCGUCUGGCAGGAGCCUUUCCGCCGGUCUGCUGAACGCCAGAAGCGGUAGCGCCGGAAUGGAUAGCGGCGGUCUGAACGCAAGCUUGAUACAGCAGCAAAGCGGGACACAGGCCAUGGCAGCGGCCAGCGGCGGUUCCCCUGGCGUGAUGAGGCCCGGGGUAGGCGGAGUAGCUCCGCCCCCUGCCGUAACUUCUGCUCCACCACAACAGGCUCCUGCCCCCGCCCCCAACCCUGCCCCCGCCCCCGUCCCCGCUCCUGCCUCCACCAGCUCCCGCUUCAGGGUGGUGAAGCUGGACUCCAACUCUGAGCCAUUUAAGAAGGGUCGCUGGACCUGCGCCGAGUACUAUGACAAGGAGGCCCCGCCCCCAGAGGGCGUGGCUCCCGCCCACAGGGCGGUGGAAAGCCUCAGGCAGCCGGUAGCCGAGGGGGGGAGCGGGGCGUCCUCGGAGCGCGAGAGUGUGGGCGGGAGCUCCGUCGCCCUGCCCGGUCACCACGGCAACAACGCGGAAACCCAGCAGCCCUUUCAGCCACCCGCGGGCAUCCAGAACCCCCUCCAGGGCGCGUCCCGGGCCCACGUCGGUCAGGACGCCGGGCCCCCGAAACCUGCAGCGACCCAGCCCGUCCAGUCCGCCCUGGGCUUGGCGCAGCACCAGCAGGCCCUCGUCCACCAGGGAGCCCAGCAGCCGGCUCUGGCGCCCCAGCAGCAGCUCUCAUACGCCCCAGGGGGUCAGUCCGCCCAACCGGGCUACCCCACCUCCGCCCAGCAGCCGCCGGUGGGGGCCACCCAAAUGGCGCCCGCCCACGCCGCAGCGACCGCACAGCACCAGCCAGUCACUCAGGCCGGGGUCAGAGCGCCGCACCCGCACCCGCCACCCCACUCGGCGGGCGGGGCCACCCUUCCAUCUACGGCCAGCCAGCCGGUGGUCAGCGCGCCCUCCUCCGUGCCUCAGACCCUCCCCCAGGGUCAUCAGCAGCCGGCCCCUCACGCCCAGGCCCCCAACGCGACCCAGCCCCGCCCGGCUCCGGUUCCCACCGAGCAGCAGCUCCCGCCCAGGACUCAGUGCCCAGGGAGCCAGCCCCCUCCCUCCGCCACUGCCACCGCCGCCGCCGCCGCCGCCCUCAGCCACGCCGCGCCAGCCGGCCUCCGGCUGGAACGCAAGCCCAGCCCGGCCCUGCCCUCGCAGCUCACCUCCACGCAGCUGGAGGACGCCCGGCGCUUCCUCUUCCACCACCAGUCCCUGCUCUCCCUGCCCAAGUUCGGGGCCGGGGAAUGUGCCUCAGGAGCCGGCUCCGCCCCGGGCCUGGAGGACGGCGCCGGCGCCGGGGCCAGUGCCUUACCCGCCGGGGCCGGCCUGUUCCCUCUGAAGACUCUGCCCGUGGACGGGGAGGAGGACAGUUCUUCGGGUGCCAGUGUGGUGGCGAUAGACAACAAAAUUGAACAAGCAAUGGAUCUGGUGAAGAGCCACUUGAUGUACGCGGUGCGCGAGGAGGUGGAGGUCUUGAAAGAACAGAUCAAAGAGCUGAUCGAGAGAAACUCGCAGCUGGAGCAGGAGAACAACCUGCUGAAGAACCUGGCCAGCCCGGAGCAGCUGGCCCAGUUCCAGGCCCAGGUCCAGAGCGGUUCCUCGCCGCCCCCGUCAGCACAACCGGCAGGGCCCGGCACCACGCAGCAGCCCGCCGCCCCGCCCGCCCAGACCGCCCCCCAGAGCACCGGACCGUCCGCGUAGCCACCCCCCCCCUGCACUCGCCACGACGACAGACUCGCGUGAAAAAGAACUCCAGCUGCUAUAAACCGCAAGAAAAGAAAAAAAUAACACACGACGCGUUCGCGCUGAAGAACCUCGGCCGCCGCUGCCGCCGCAGGAGGAUUCCGUUCCCAAUUUGCACAUAUUUACCCUUCAGAACUUGACAGAAAGCAUUAGUGUCUUUUUGUUUUUUUUUUCCUCUUUCCCCCACCUCUGCCCGAGAUGCUUUUCACACUUCAGACAAUCGCCUUCGCGAGAGAGACUCGGGGGGGCUAAAGACGAAAGCUACCAAAAUCCACGGACCUGCUGGGAUCAUUGAGGACGGUUUCGUUGUGAAGACGGCUCAAAGAAUCAUUGUGCCUGUGUCAAAAAAAAAAAAAAAAAAAAAAGGAUUUCAAGUGAUGUCAGUUUUCAUUGGUGACUCUGGAAUUGUGCAGGUGUUACCACGCUUACCUUUUUUUUCCCCUUUCUUUUUUGUAGUGUAAAUAUAACAGUAUUUUCCAGGCUGUGAGCAUAAUGCUGAGCAAGCACUUUCUUGGUGGCUAAUGUGAAGUUUUUUUUUUUUUUUUUUUGGAGGACCAUCUUGCCCUCCCCAUCUGGUAUGGGUUAGGCAGCAGAGAAGUAGACUGUGAUCUUUACGUCGCUGUUAUCGUUACGUUUGUUUGAAUGAAGGAGACAAACCUUUGCUUUCGGGGCGCAGGGGCGCACUGUGUUGUUUUUUUUGUUUGGAACUCCUCAUUCCUGCCCGGUUUUAUUUGAGGCUGUAUUUUUUUUCCUCUCUCUCUCUCUUUCUCUUUGGUCAACCAGUAACACCUAGUGCAAUCUGAGGGGGGAAAACAAAUGAUUUGGCUCUGUCGAAUUCAGGCACCGGCUGUUGGGCUUGUGUAUAUUUGUGUAGUUAGCGUAAGUACUUUGUAAAAAAUCACCAUCUCAGAAGGAAAAGGCAAAGAAAACGAAUAAUCUGUUUCGAUUUAGAUUGUACAGUUUGAAGUGAGGCUGGUAAUGGGCUGCCAUUUACACGUUUGUGGCAGUCUAUUUUUUGCUGUAACCCUGGAAUGUACCUUCUCAACAUGCUAGGACAUUUAAGUGAUAAUGGACUGUACUUGGUUUUCAUGGCUGAAUUGAAUCCUACUGUAAACCAUUGUUCACUUGAAAUUGCUUUAGGUAUUGCACCAUUGUGAGCAUUUUUCUUUUUUGACAGUGAAACACUCCGGAUAUUCAACUUUUUUCUUCUUUUUUUUUUUAAAGGCAAACCGUCAACAUAAGGCAAACCUGAUAUGAAUUCUGCAUAUACAUAUGAGUUGUAUGCUUAUGUUUUUGUGCAUGUUCCUCAAACCAGAAACCAGAAAACGGUGUAACAUAAUACAAUUGCACUUGACAGUUGCACUUCUCAACUUUAAAUAAAAAUAAAUAAGUGAAACCAAA